AUGAAGGUGGUACAUCCGCUUUUGCGCCUGGCACUGAAGGGAACGUCUACUCUGAAAGUGGAUAGCGUGCAAACUCAGACGAUCAAUCCUGACGUACUACCGAUCACGCACAAUAAUUAUCAAGUUCAAAACAAGGUUGACUUUACCUUCUCUUUCCAUCGCAACACACCGGAAGCUUCUGAUCUCUAUACCAGACUUGGUCUUGCUGGUUUGGCCGAAACACUCGGUCAGACAACGGACGCAAACACAAAGCGACUAGCUCUGUUCUCUGGUAUCGCAGUGAAACAAGGAAACGGUGGGAAGGAUGAGGCACUUGUGCAUCUACCGAUAUGGCUAGCUGCUGGGCUAGAAAAUAUAAGGCGAUUGGGUGAUAUGGCCCAGGAGCGGCCGUACACGGCAGGAGAGCUCAAACCAACGGUUGGCUGGACAGUCGUUGGGCAUGAUUGGCACACCUAA